AUGGGCUUCGGCGGCGUUCUUUUGCGCGCUUCCAACCUCUCCAUCCGUGUUCUCCAAUUCCUCGCCGCAGCUGUCAUUCUCGGCAUCUUUUCCUACUUUCUUGCUGUCCUUUCUCGACAUGACCAGGAUAUCCCGCGCUGGAUGAAAGCCGUCGAGGGUCUGUCCGGCGCUGCGACCCUCUAUGGCAUCCUCGGUAUCCUAUUCACUUGCUGCCUUGGCGGCGUCGCCUUCUUCGCCUUCCUCGCCAUCGUCCUCGAUGUCUGCUUCAUCGGUGCUAUGGUCGCCAUUGCUAUCAUGACCCGUCAUGGCACGCAAAGCUGCUCUGGUCGCGUGACCACCCCUCUCGGGUCUGGUAAUAGCAGUGAUGACUCACCGUCAGGGACAAGCUAUGGCUACGCCUGCGAACUGGAGAAAGCCUCCUUUGCGGUGUCCAUUAUUGGGAUCGUCUUCUUCCUGAUCUCAAUUCUUCUUCAAGUCCUCUACGCCCGAUAUCACAAGCGCGAGAAGCGCUUUGGCCCCUCCCCCGCAAACGGCUACACCUCCGGCACUACCCGGGGCUUCGCUUUCUGGAGAAGAAACAAGAACAACCCCGACACUGCUAGUGCUGAUGACAUGCUGCCUUCGCAUCCAUUGCCCAGGGAUGUGGAGCUUGGUGCGAACGGCACAACGGCAGCAGAGAAGGAAGAUGGCUUGAAUGGUACCAAUGUCGGCGCUACUACCGGCAGUGGUGGAUAUAUGCCGUGGAGAAGCAAUGUGAAUGGUGGUACUACCACUGCGGGACAGACUGGGACUUACGGAUAUGGAAAUUCGGCAUAUACGGGGAAUUAUUAA